ACGUCAUAAUAACAAAUUUAAUAUACAUUGUUUUGGUCGCUCUUUUGUUUAUGUUUUAUCAUUUGCAUCGGUUACUUCGUUUUACUUGUACCUAGAAACAAGUUAAAAGCAUUGUUUGGUGUAUACAUGUUGUUUUAGUUGCAGUACCAAUAACGUAUAUGCUUAAUUUUUAUCUGUUUUAAAGUUUAUUUAAUAUCAAAAAAAUUCUAAGGUUUUUACAUUCAUUUGUUUCUAUCAAGCUAUUUAUAAAAGGCUCCGUACAAAUAUUAUAAAAUGCUUAAAAUUGCCCAAUUUCGUCAAAAUAUUCUUUCUCGUUGUGUUUUGUCUGCAAGUAAACGGCUGCUUACAACCAGUAACUGUCUUUGUAAAGAUAAUAUUAAAACAUCUGUACUGCAUGAUUUCCAUGUGAAAAAUAAUGCAAAAAUGGUCCCAUUUGCUGGCUGGACAAUGCCAAUACAGUAUAAGUCACUUGGAAUCAUAGACUCUCAUCACCACACAAGGAACAAAGUGUCUUUGUUUGAUGUGUCACACAUGCUACAGUUUAAAGUGUAUGGGAAAGACAAAGAGAGCUUUAUUGAGAGCAUGACUGUAUGUGAUGUAAAAGGCUUGCCGGAAAAUGGAGGAUCUCUGACUGUUUUCACCAACGCAGAAGGUGGAAUAAUGGAUGAUGCUAUCAUUAAUCAAACACAACAAGAUUAUCUGUACUGUGUAUCAAACGCUGGUUGUUCUGAUAAGAUAAGUACAUGCUUAAGGGAGAACCUUAUAGAUUUUACAGCGAAGGGAGGAGAAGUUGUGUUGGAGCUUUUAGAUUGUGGUUUGCUUGCUGUACAGGGACCAAAAAUGGCAGAGGUAUUGCAGACUGGGACAGAUACUGAUUUAAGCAAGUUAUACUUCAUGCAGAAUGUGGAGGCAAAUUUGUUUGGCGUUGAUUGCCGGAUUACUAGGUGUGGAUACACUGGUGAAGAUGGAGUGGAAAUUUCUGUAGCAAAAAAUAGAGCUGUUGAACUGGCUGAGAAUAUCUGCUCACAUGAAGAUGUGGAAUUGGCAGGUCUAGGUGCGAGGGACAGUUUAAGGUUGGAAGCGGGACUUUGUCUCUAUGGAAAUGACAUUGAUGAAAUGACCACUCCCGUUGAGGCGGGGUUGACAUGGUGUAUUGGUAAAAGAAGAAGAAAAGAGAAGAAUUUUCCUGGAGCGGAAAAAAUUGUUGCGCAAAUAAAAAGUAAACCAAGUAAACGGAGAAGUGGUUUAAUUGUAAGCUCUGCUAUUGCUCGCAAUGGAGCAAUAGUGCAGGAUGGAAAUGGAAAUGAAAUUGGUUCAGUAACCAGUGGCUGCCCUUCCCCCACAUUAAGUGCUAAUAUUGCAAUGGCAUAUUUACCUCUCCCACUUAGCAAAGUAGGAACUGAAGUAAAUGUGUUGGUGAGAAAAAGAGUGGUUUCUGCCAAAGUUACAAAAAUGCCUUUUGUCCCAGCUAACUAUUUUAUGAAUAAAUAAACAUCUGCAAUCUUAUUUGAAACACUAAGUUUAUUAUUCUGUGUUGUUUUAUUGCACGCCUGCCUGUGCCAUGAGUUUGUUGUAUAUUUAACAGGAUUUUUAUGUUUGCUUCUA